AUGUCUAGCUUACAACUUAGCUAUGCAGCACCAGUACAGUCUUUCUUGGACACGUCCUUUUUCCAAGAGUUAUCCCGUUUAAAGCUGGAUGUGUUAAAACUAGACUCUAGGGGACAACCUUUAUACAGCAAAUUGGAAUUACAAAAUGUCCCUAGGUCGAGUAAAAGUGUGCCUUUGAACCUAAACGCACAAAGUUUCGAUGAAGAAGUUAUGGGCUCCCCUACAGGUGUGCCGAUUCUGGGUAUGAUCCAUAAUUAUAACGUUAUGGAGGAGUUCAAGACAUUGGAUAAGCAAAGCUUUCUAGAAGAAAAAGCUAGAGAACUUUGGAAGAAAGGAUUGAAGAAUAUUAACCAAAGUGUUGGAUUUUACGUCAUUAGUUUUGCAGAUUUGAAGAAAUACAGGUAUUUUUACUGGACAUGCGUACCUUGUUUCCAAGGGAAGAGUCUAUUGAUUGAAAAAUUGGAGGAAUUGCCAGCACCCCAACAAUCUUUUGCUACGUGGUUUGAUCGAAACUUGGAUCAGUGGGUUGGUCUCGAAACGGCAGAUGGAGAAAUAGUACCCUACGAUGUGGAAAGGGCAUCAAACUGCCAAUCCUUAUUGAUUCGAGAUCCAAGCCGUAUGGAUCGGAUACCAGCUGCAUUUGCCAAGAAUUUCCUGGCGAUCUUCAAGCAUCAAAAUCCAACUGUAGAAGUCUUAAACGUCUUUUUCAUCAGGUCUGGCGCUUCCAGCUUUGGAUUGAAGCUCUCCCUGCGGGAUCGGGGAGACGAAUCCUCCUUACAGGUCAGCGGCUGGGAACGCAAUCCUCAAGGCAAACUGGGGCCUCGUGCGGUCGAUUUAAGCAGCUUGAUUGAUCCUUUAAAAGUGGCCGAUCAAUCUGUGGAUUUAAAUCUGAAAUUAAUGAAAUGGAGAAUUGUACCCGAUAUAGAUUUACAAAAGGUUAAAGAUACAAAAGUUUUGCUAUUGGGAGCUGGUACUCUGGGGUGUUAUGUGUCUCGAUCUCUAAUGGCAUGGGGGGUUAGGAAGAUUACAUUAGUUGACAACAGUACCGUUUCCUAUUCCAACCCUGUGAGGCAGCCCUUGUUCAAUUUUGAAGAUGUUGGUAAGCCCAAAGCUCAAGCAGCUGCUGAUGCCCUGAGGAAAAUUUUCCCUCUGGUGGAGGCCACUGGUAUACAGCUAGACGUGCCCAUGAUUGGUCAUCCUCCGGUAGAUGAUUCCUCAGCAGAGUCCAAUUUUACCAAAUUACGAAAGUUAAUGGACGAACACGAUGUUAUUUUUCUACUGAUGGACUCUAGAGAAACUCGCUGGUUACCCACAGUCUUGGGCAAUAUGAAUAAUAAGUUAGUCAUGAAUGCGGCACUGGGAUUUGACAGUUAUCUCGUCAUGCGUCAUGGAAACUACAGGGAUAGUCUUGGCAAACGUCUCGGUUGUUACUUCUGCAAUGAUGUUGUUGCUCCCAAAGAUAGUUUGACGGAUAGAACACUGGAUGAGAUGUGUACUGUGACGAGGCCAGGUGUUGCGCUCAUCGCUGCUUCGCAAGCGGUUGAAUUAAUGGUUUCCAUUUUCCAACUAAAAGAUAAUACUGAUGAGUCCAUUUUAGGUGAUGUGCCUCAUCAAAUCAGAGGGUUUCUAAACCAUUUCUCUACUUUGAAAUUAGAAACUCCAGCAUACGAUCACUGUUCUGCUUGCAGUCCUCAAGUGGUUGAAGCAUGUCGUGAAGCAGGUUGGGAUUUCGUCAAAGCCGCUCUAGAUGAUCAUACCUACAUCGAAAGGCUAUGUGGACUGUCCAAAGUACAAGAGGAAGCAGAUAAAGUGGUGCAAGAGUGGGAUGAUGAAGAGGAUGAAGAGAUAGAGGUUCUAGUUUAA